AUGAACCUGGACAAUUUUUUGUCAUUUCCGUAUUCAUCGGUUUGUUACCGGCACCCUGCCGUCCGGGCAUCCGCUCCGAUUCGCAUUACAUCUUCCGCUUACCAUUGCCCUGAACAGUCGUUCUUUCCGUCCUUGAAAGCGCCCGUUGGCAGCACUUUUGUGUGUAUCACUGACAAUUCCCGUUCCCGCCGCCUGUGUUACCCAAGCAUGCGCCGUCAUCUUUCUGAUGGCGAAAUAAAUCAGACCAGCUAUCUAGGCACUCAGCUCCGUACAAAGCCACCACCUCGCGUCUUUAUUCCCCCAUGCCAUCAUGCAUCAAGGUCGGGAACCGUAACCCUUGCGCACGACGCGUUUAUCGCGUUUUCAGUACGGAAUGCGUUGGCUUGUAGACGCUCUGGAGGUGUCUCUCGAAGCCAAACAAUCUUUGAGAUACUGGCCGAGCGCGCGAGCGCCUCACCGUCGCCUUUGUUAUGUCUCACCCCCCCUGACUCGGGAUUUUUCGACUCUACUUGUCAUCGUCCGUGUCCUUCGAGUCGGACGGCCGACUACGAUGCUACAUCUCGCAGCCGGACUUACCGAACGCCUUUAGGUACAUUCCACUCUGGAGAUGAACACGGAGGAUUAGAUCCUUGUCACUUCCCUGCGUUCUUCAACUCGGAUGGACGAUCAACUGAAUCUUCAAAUGUCCGGCCGACGAAUUUCUUUACCGGCACUGACUGUCAGCGCAGUGUUCCGUUUAGUGAACAAGUCGUACGCGUGCAUCGCAUCGUGUCCUUCGAAUUUGAUAGACAGGAUCUUGCGUGGGUAAUAUUGGGGUCGAUAUGCCUAGGAGGUCGCUACUGUUCCAUUCCGACAACCUCUCAGUCGACUAUAGCUCAUGUCCAAAAAGUCGGCCAUGGCGCCUUAUCAUCGUGUCCUAGCCUUCGGCCUCCUUGCUCGGGCGAAUAUUCACCGUGGUCUCUUGGAGUUACACGAGUACCCACGAGUCUUUGGGCAUCCGGCUUCCUCGUCCCUUUCCUUGUACCUCCUCAGCCGGGAUGUCGUAUGCAUCGUCGAGACGGAAGAUUCUUCGCCAUGCCUCUCACUUUGUACCCCGUCGUUACAAAAAUGGAAAUAAUAUACGAGGUAAGUAUAUCUAUCCUGGGUAGUGGCGUCGUUUGCUUAAGCCGUAAACGCCGAUGCAUGACCGUGACUGUUACGGCUCUACUCUCCUCCGGUCCUUGCGACAGUUGUGAUGCGACCUCUUCACGGGUCUGCUUCUCUGCUCCCUCACACCACCCUACGCCCACAUUUACGGAAGCGCUUAAGAAUCAGUAUUUACAGUUUGAGCCGUUUUUAGACUACUUGCCCACUUUUACACGGUCUUCAUCAAGUCCGUUUGUCCUGGAGCAGCCCUUCGCGGCGUCUUUUGUUUCGCCGUUAGGACCAGCGAAGGCGAAGGUCGGAGAGGCUAACACAAUGCAGUAUCUUGGCUGCGGCAUCCCAUUGCGCCACUGA